AUGACUUCACAUGAAAACAUUGGUAGCUCCAAUCCAUCUGGCAGCAAUCAAUUUCCUUUGAUAGUAGAUGAAGAUAAUGCAACCCCAUCAUCACCUCUAUUGAAUAUGCCAAACGAUGUCCAAGCAGUCCAGCCUAGCAAUGAAAUAAUUCAAGAAGAGGGGAAGUACAAAUCAAUUGUUUGGAAUCAUUUUAAGAGAAAGAGAGUUGAUGAGAAAGACAAGGCUGAGUGCAAUUAUUAUAAGAAAUUGCUAGUAAGGGGAUCCAAUUAUGGCACUAAACAUUUGCAUGACCACGUGAAAAUAUGUCCAAGGAGAAAGUUUCAAGACAUUAGGGAUAUGAAUCAAAAAAUUUUGGCGAGGGAUCAAAAUAAAGUGGAUUCAAUGGCGGGUGUGAAUGCUUAUAAUUUUGAUCAAAAUGUAUCAAGAAAUGAACUUGCUCGUAUGAUCAUCUUGCAUGAAUAUCCCCUCUCUAUAGUUGACCACAUUGGUUUUAGAAAAUAUUCAACUUAUCUUCAACCAUUGUUCAGGAUGGUUUCUAGGAACACAAUCAAGAAGGACAUUUUGAGCAUCUAUGAGAAAGAAAGGGAGAAAUCAAAGCAUGAAAUUGAUAAGAAUCAGGGUAGAAUUUCUAUUACCACUGAUAUGUGGACUUCACAAAACAAAAAGUUUAUUUAUGUGCCAUCUCCACAUACGAAAGAAGUGCUUUCUAGUGUCCUUCUAGAUACUUUGUUGGAGUGGAAUAUUGAUAGGAAGUUAUCUACUGUGACUAUGGACAAUUGUAGUACCAAUGAUGCAGUUAUGAAAAUUAUCUUAGAUAAGCUUCAACGUGGUGCACUUAUUAUGCGUGGAUCAAUGUUGCAUAUGCGUUGUGCAGCACAUGUUCUUAAUUUGAUUAUUCAGGAUGGUUUGGAUGUAAUUGGAUCAUGCAUUGAAAAGGUUCGAGAAAGUGUGGGAUUUUGGACUGCAUCAACAAAAAGAAGGCAGAAGUUUGAAGAGACAGCUCGACAAGCACAUGUUGAAUGUACCAAAGAACUAGCCCUUGAUUGUAAGACUCGUUGGAACUCUACCUAUCUCAUGCUUUCUAUUGCUAUAAAGUAUCAAAAUGUCUUUUAUCGAUUGAACAUAUGUGAGUCAUCUUAUAAGUGCAUUCCAACGGAGGAAGAAUGGGAGAUGGCAAGUAAUAUAUGUGAGAGAUUGGCAGUGUUUCACAAGGUUACAGAGCUAUUUUCAGGUACCUCAUACCCUACAGCUAAUCUUUUCUUUCCUAAGGUAUGUGAAAUAAAAAUAGCUUUGAAUUCUUGGUUUACAAGUGCAAAUGAUGUGAUUAGGAGUAUGACAUUUAAAAUGUUGGAAAAAUUUGAUUGUUAUUGGAAUGUGAUUCAUGGUGCUAUGGCUGUGGCAACCAUUUUAGAUCCAAGAUAUAAGAUUGAAUUGUUAGAAUAUUAUUUUCCAAUAAUUUAUGGUGAUGAAGCUGAUAAUGAAAUUCAAAGGGUUAGAGAUAUUUGUUAUGAAAUGAUUCGUGACUACAGUUAUGGGAGAAUGGGUAGGGAAGGUACUCGUGGCCCUUGUGUGGGAGAGGAUCCGCAAGUUGAUGACUCCCUUAUGGACUUUGAAAGAUAUCUUAGUCAGAAAAAAAGGGGUGGGAAUAUUAAAUUGGAGUUGGACCAUUACCUUGAGGAUGAUUUAAUGCCAAGAACUAUGGAUUUUGAUAUUUUGGCGUGGUGGAAAUCUAAUGGGCCAAAGUAUCCUAUUUUGCAACGUAUUGCAAGGGAUAUCCUUGCUAUUCCAGUGUCAACUGUUGCCUCAGAGUCAUCAUUUAGCACAAGUGGUCGAUUGUUAAGUCCACAUCGCAGUAAACUUCAUCAAAAGACUGUGGAGGCAUUAAUGUGUGCUCAAAAUUGGUUAUGGGCUGAAAUUAAUGGUUCUUCAUCAACCAUAGAUGCAAUUGAAGAUAAAUUCCAAAAUAUCCUGGAUGAUUAUGAUGAUGAAGAAGAAAGUGGUGUCACAAUGAUGGAAGAAAGUGGAGAUUCUUUUUGA